AUGACUAACAUGGUCAGUCACGUUCAGGCUGAAAGCCUGAGAAGCCAUGAUCGCGCGCUUCGGCUGCGCGCCCUCAAAGCCCUCAAGAACGAGAUUAUCGGCAGCAAAUCCAAAAAGAUCCAGCUGCUCAGCCUGCUGCCAGAGGUAGUCGCCCUAGCCAACAAGAGCGACGGCGACCGGGAGGAGCUUAUCCAAUCUGCAGCGACGCUCGGCAGCUUUGCGUAUGGCGUCGACGACGGCGUCCGCGCGGUGGUCGCGCAGGGCGCCGUGCAGACGCUGCUGCGCGCGCUGGGCAGCGCCGACGAGGCGGUCGUGGAGGCGGCGGCGCGGUCGCUGAAGCUCAUUUAUCGGUCGCCGCUGGCGCCACACGACCCGCUGCUGCAGCCGCCAGCGCUGCGCGCGCUGGGGGCGCUGCUGGGCGGCGCCAAGCCGCACCUGUCGGAGGUCGCGGCCAGCAUCCUGGCGCGGUGCUGCGCGACGCCUGAUGAGUGCGCCGCUGUUGCUGACGCUGGCGUCGUGCCGGCCCUCCUUGAGAUGUUGGCGUCGCCGCGCCUCAGCACUCGCCAGUCCGCGCUCGAGGCGCUCGCCGCCCUGGUCGCCGGCAGCGGCAGCGCGGGUGGCCUGCCGCCGGCUGCCGCACGGCGCGGCGCUCGCGCGCGCAGCAGCGCCGGCGCGGCGGCGGCGGCGCCGCCGCCGCCGCCGCCGCCGCAGCUGCUGCUCCUGUUGGAGGCGCUGUCCCCAGGGAUCUCGGAGAGCCAGUCGGACGAGGCCCUGCCGAAGCAGCAGGCGCAGCCGCUGCGCAAGGAGCCGCAGCAGCAGGCGGAGUUGCUGGGCCAGCUGCUGGCGCUGGCGCGCGAGAGCCCGGGCCCCUCGACGCGCUACGGGGUGGCGGUGGUCGUCGCGGGCCUGCUCAAGGCCGCCGCCGCGCAGCAGGAGGCGGCGGCGGAGCCGGGGGACGCGCGGCGGGCGCGGGAGCUGCAGGUCGAGCAGCUGCGCCUGGCAUCGCGCGUGGUACUGCCGGGGCUGGUGAAGCUGCUGCAGCAGGCCGCGUCGUGGCUCGACGGCGGCGCGGCGGGCGACAACGGCGCCGGUCGGGGCAGCGGCGGCGCCGCUCCGGCGGCGGCAGCGGCCCAGCAGCAGCUCAAGCAGCAGCACGAUGCGGCAGCGUGGCUUGGGGACAGCGGCAGCAGCGGGAGCAGCGGCGUUGGUUGUGUGGCGGGCGUGCUGGCGGACCUGAUGGCGGAUGAUGCAGAGCUCAUCAAGGCGGCGCUGGACGCGGACGCCGUGGUGUCCGCAAAGGCGACGCCGCACAUCGUGGCGGCCCUGUCUGACCCCGACGAGGCGGCGCGCGCCGCGGCGGCGCAGUGCGUGCGGGGGCUCAGCCACAGCGCGCGCAGCCUGCGGGUGUGCAUCGUGGACGCCGGCGUCGCGGCGCCGCUUGUGAAGCUGCUGGGGGACGGCAGCACAGAGGUCCAGGUCAGCGCGGCGGCCGCGAUCUGCAACUUGGUCCUGGACUUCCGCAACAUCCGCCAGGCCGUGCUGGCGGCAGGCGCGCUGAAGCUGCUGGUGCCGCUGGCGGGCUCCAUGGUGCCGGAGCUGCGGGCGGGCGCGGUCACCGCGCUCAAGAACCUCACGAUCAAGAGCGAGGACGCGGCCACGCGCGCGGCGCUGCUGCGGGAGCUGCCGUGGGGCGCGAUGCGCGCGCUGCUGGCUGACUGCGAGCCCAAGGUGGCGGCGGAGGCGGCGCUGCUGCUGCAGAACCUCUUUGCCGCCAGCAGCGAGGGCAUCCAGGAGCUGUUCUCCUGGAGCGGCGGCGACAUCCUGCCGCUGCUGGAGGAGCGACUGGACCCCACCGCUGCAGCCGCCAGCGCCGCCGGCCCCCGCGGCCUGGAGGCCACGGUCUACGCGGUGGCAAACCUGUGCUCGGGGGCAGAGGCGCACAAGGCGGCCGUCAUGGCGUCAAACGUGCCGGCGCUGCUGCUGCACCACCUGCGCGCGCAGCCCCAGGAGGCGGCGGCGGCGGCGGCGGCGACGACUGCAGCCGUGGGCCCGCGCGGCGGGGCCGCUGCGGCGUGCGGGGGCGCGGCGGGCGGGCGGCGGAGCGGGAGCAGGAGCGGGAGUGGUGGCGGCGGCGGGGCGGCAGCGGGCGACGCUGCGGCGGUCCCCACGGCCGCGCAGCUACGGGUGCCCGCGGUGUGGGCCGUCAUCAACCUGCUGUGGUUCGACUCCGCCGCCCACCCCGGCGCGCCGCCGCCCGAGGUCGCCGCGCGCGCCGCGCGGCUGCGCGACCUGGGGGUGGAGGCGGCGCUCAAGGCGCUGGCUGCUGACGAGGACCAGGACCUGCGGGAGCGCGUCCAGACGGCGCUGGAGCAGCUGGCGUGA